GUUUACACGCCGCGAGAGGCUCUGCGCAGUAUUGAGGUCCGGGUGAGUGGAAGAAAACGUUUCUCUUGAGGCACAAGUCCGGAGCCACAUCGUCGAAGACGAAACUGAGCUACCUUCGCCGGAGACUACGGAAGCGAGGAUGGCGGAACGAUCCGGUUCAGUGAAGGCGGAAACCACUGGGAACGACUCGAUGGCUGAUUUCCACUUCAAGCCAUUGGACAGAGAAGAAUACUAUCUGGAUGACGUAUUGACGCUGUACUUCCAAGUGCCAGAUUCGGAUCGGUGUCCGAGCUACCUGGAUGUGGUUCGACUAGCACCGCUCGAGUUGACACCCAGACAAAAGAAACAGGCCGCUCGACAUGAAUUGGCUUUCAGCUAUUGCCGAUGGGAUAUCGAGAGCGGUGACGGACAGUUCUCUGUCAGCUUGAAAGUGAAAGACAUCGUUGCUUCGAACGACAACUUCAAUAGCGAGGAGGAAGGAAUCGUCUACGUUGCUCAGUACGUCGUAUCGCCCAACAACAAAGUAAUCGCAGAGAGCUCGCCAUUCCGGAUCUACCCCGUUCUCGAAGAAUCGACUAUGAAUCUCCCUGAGGCAUUCAGCGACGAUGGCCUCAUCGUCCUGGGAUCCGGAAGCGAGUCCGAGCCCGAACUGCUCGACGAGGAGCCCGAGAAAAAUUCGGCGAAAUCCGAUCGCGACGGUAUGUCGGAGGAGGAUGAAGAACUCACGAUCGUCAUGACCGAGAGAGAGCUUCGGAACAUGGAAAAAGAAAACCGGGCCAGUAACGAAAAACUGCGCUCGUUCAUCGAUCAGUACAAGAACGAUCUUCUGGAGUUAACCAAGUGUAAUGAGACCCUCAAGCAGAAGCUAUACGAUGAACAAUAUAAAGUCACAAAUCUCGAGAGGGCUCAAAGCAAGAUGUCGACGCAACUCAUUGAGGUUAGGAGCGCGAAAAUUCGUCUGGAGGCUAUCCUCAAAGAAACGAUCGCUGAGCGCGAACGGAAGUUGAGGGAGGAACAAAGUCGGAAUUCCAAAUUGGAAGAGGAGGUUUCCAUCCUCAACGGACAAGUUGAGAACCUCCGCUGCUGUGUAGAUGCGCACCUCGAGACGAAAAAUCUUCUCAUGGCCGAAAUGGACAGCUUGCGCGUGAAGCAGGAACUCGAUAGGAAAACUGUCCUUGAUAAAGCGACGAGCACGCUCCAAGAUCCAAUCAUGUCCACAAGGGAUCGAGCUUCGAAGGAAACCUCGGAGAGAAGCCGGAAUACAGAGCUCGAAGAUCGUGUUGAGGACCUAACCAAAAGACUGCAGAGCGCGAAGAUCGCUUACAUUUCGCUAUACAAAGAGAACAAACGCAAAGAGAAAGCGCUCGAGAACAUCUGUAACUGGGCUUCGCUGGCCAAAGACGGCAUGUCCCUAGAGGCCCCAGGGCCCUCCCAGGUUCCCUCGUUGCUCUCAUUGACUCGCAACAAGUUCUCUUCAUCAUUCGAUGAAUCGCUUCCGAGAAUUUUGAAGGAUCCACCGAGCGCCGUGAGAAAUCAGGUCCCCAGCGAAUCGUCUCCGAAAACUUUCGCCGGUUUCCCGAGCGUUAAACCGAGAACAUCCGGCUUGGAAUCUCUUGAAGAUGAUCUGGUCCAGUUGAGCUCCGACUCCAAGUUGCCUCUGCCACCGCGCCAGAAGAGGAAAUACGAUCCCUUUCGAAAAACCGCGACGGGUGCGCCCGCCAGCGUACAAACCACCGCGGCCACAAGAGCUAUGCAAAGGGGGAAGAUGGUGGUUCGUGGCCGGCACAGAGCCAACGAAGCGGCGAGGUUUCCACUGAAGCGAGAAAUUCCCGCGAAAGAAGUCUUCGAUUACUCGCACGCUUGUCUCCUCCCAACUGCUUCUGCACCGAAACCCGCGCAGGGUCCGCGGUCAAGGAUUAUAUUCAAGAAGAAAGAAGCACCAAAGCCUUCUGCGCCCGAAGCUAGUUCGGUCGAUGAAUCCGCUCAGGAGAGCUCUGCGGUCUUGGCGAGUGCUCCUCAGCCAUCUCCAAGAGGCACCAACACGUAUUCGGCCGCCGAAUUGAUCUCUGACCUCGAAACAGAUGCUUCGAACACAGAGGAGGAGCCGAGCGUCAUCAAUCCGAACAUAUGCCCGCUGUGCGUGACUUCUAUCCUCGAUUACGAGGCCCAUAUGCGAGAAGCCCACCAGAAACAGCCCUGUCCCAUCUGCGGUCACGUGUUCGACACCGACAUCCCGCUGUACGUGAUGACGUAUCACAUCGAACGUCAUCUAGAAGAAGCGGAAGUAUCUCCCGAGACUCAAUGAAGGAGCGCACCAGCCCUGCCGACGCAAGCUUUGGAAGGGCUGGUGAGAGGUUUCGCGCGCUGGUUCGAUGGAUGGCCCUGAUCCCUCGCGGGCGAUUCGGAAGAGUCCGUUACUCGAUCCCCAUGAGACGGUCGUUGAGAAAUCUCACCGCAGGCAGGAGGAGGACAGCGGCUGAGCUGUCUUGAACGACCUCGGUAAUCGCCUGAGUCCGAUUGGUUUUUAUUUGAUUUCAUAACUGACCGUCUAUUCCCGAGUGAGCGAUGAGAUUUCCGGAUGAAUUCCCCGUCUUGGAACGAUUCGACCGUGAGAAACUUAUGAUUCAGGCACCGUCUCCAUCGCGAGCGGGGCGAGGAACAACACGUUGCAAUCUUACCGAGAGCGUUCCCUGAGUGGUCGAUAGUGCGGAUAGUGAUAGUAGCACUAUUCCGAUGUGCAAGGGUUCGAUAGUUCCGUUCCAUCCAACAAUAAGUUGACGGAACUCCGCCCCUGACUACCUUAUAGGAGUAUGCAUAGUAUUCAGUACGCAGAGGGAUAUCACUGAAAGAUAGGGGAGCGAGAGACGAUACCCACGGCUGCGGUUGCGGUUCCCCCUGACUUUUGUGAGGACGUUGUCCCGCGUCAGGGGCUCGGUAACCGAGUCAGAGUUCACUACGUAUUCGUCAAACGAUACGUUCAUUCACGCUCGUAGAAAAUCUAUUUUCUAUUCCAUCUUAUUAUUCUACUAGCGUCGAGAUAUUGCUGUGUCGUAGUGACGGAUGACGUCAUUCAGUCUCUAGGCUUUGGCUCAGGAAGCAGCGAGCAUUGGGAUACGAUUAUAAGAACAUAGAAGUUUUGUCUCUCUCUCUGAAUAAGAGGAAUGAUAUGAAGCUGUUGACAAAGACAAAAUAAAGAAUUUCGU